UAAAAUCACAAUAUUACUCAGCAAUGAGUCGAUGACUACGAGAGGAUGAGAGAGACGUUUCCUUCAGGGUUAAGAAAAGGAAGAAGAUUGUUAUUUAAUCUUUCUUCCGUUCUUUUUAUUCACAUAAACCAACCAGACAGAAAAAAAAAAAACAGCAAGACAAAGAUGUUCAAACCUAUGAGUUUCGACAAUGAAGUUGAACUUUUUGGAGAUUCGAAGCUGAUCAACGAAGGCUCUUCGAUUCAGCUGACAAACUCUGUGAGUGGAAGCGAGGGAAGAGUCGUUUACAAGGAACCCAUCAAUCUUAGCAACUCGUUAUCUUUCUCGAGUUACUUCUCGUUUUCCAUGCCUAAUGAGACCGAUGACGUCAUGGCUUUCGUAAUGGUUCCAACUAGUUUGGAUCUUAGUCUGUUCGGUAAUAAAAACAACAACAGUUCAUCUGCCUUAGGGUUUCUGUCUGAGUACGCAAAGAAGGAGACAGUUGUGGCUUUUGAGUUUGAUAUUUCCAAUAGAGGAAACCGUGCGAGAAUCUUGUUAGGUAAACCUGAAUCUUCUGAAGUUAGAAACCUUUCGUUUGAGGGUGACUUGUUGAUGAUGGAGAAUGGAGGGACGUUGAGCUGUAUGAUUGAUUAUGAGGCGAGUUUGAAGAGAAUGAUGGUUCGGUUCAGAAAAUUAGGUACGAGGAAGAUGUUGGAUCCGUUCUUUGAUUUCUCUGUAGACUUGGGGGAGCUAUGGAAUGGUGGUGAGUUCAUGGUGGGUUUAAGCUCUUCAAACGGGAACUCUUCCGAGGCACAUGUUCUCCAUUCAUGGAACUUUGACACAAGGCAUCCAACGCCGGUGUGUGAGCCUCCUCCGAUGUGGAUGCAUCCUCAACCGAGUGAACCUUUUGAAGGAUGAAACUUUCAUAUGCGGGGAAGAGGGUCCAGAGGGAAGUGCGAGUAUGUAGAGAGUGCUUGGUGCAUUUUGGGUGCAGUAUGUUGAGCAUUAGGGAGUAAUAUGCUAUGAUUAAUGAAGUGAGGAAUGUGCUAUGAGUAUUGUGGUGGUUGAUGUUGAAGAGCGAAAGUAGUGAAGAGUUUUGUGUUGUUUAAGAAGCUUGUCUUGUGUUUGUGGUGUGAAUGUAGAGUCUUCUUCUGCUUUUUCUUGUGUUGUCUUUCUAUCAAGUGUUACUUAUGUUUCUGGUUUCAUAUGUAAAAUAGCUAUGAGAAGAAGCCAUAAGCUUAUUGAUACCGUGAAGUUUACUUUGUUGUUGAUGUU